UUGAGGUGACUAAACUUCUUGGUGUAACCCUAGAUUCUAAACUGUCCUGGUCAAAACAUGGUUAUACAACAGUAGCUAAGAUGGAGAGAUGUCUGUCCAUUCUACAUUUUUAAAUUUAACUUUAUUUAACUAGGCAAGUAAGUUAAAUAAAAGCAAUGCUCUGCCUUACCAGCACUAUCAACAAGGCAGGUCCUACAGGCUCUAACACCUGGACUACUGCUCAGUCGUGUGGUCAGGUGCUACAGAGGGACCUCGGAAAAUUACAAUUGGCUCAGAACAGGGCAGCACUGGACUGUGAAGAGCUACAGAAGACACAUGAAUACGCACAAACAUGGAUAAUGACGCCGAAGGAGAUGGCCACCAUUUUACGAUCCCAUAACCUAUUGUGUAUGUUUUUUCGUGUUAUUUGUAACUUAUUUUGAACAUUAUGUUUCUGCCACCGUGUUUUAUGACCAAAAAGAGCUUCUUGAUAUCAGGGCAGCAAUUACUCAACCUGUACUGGAGGAAUUCGUCUUCGAGUCGGAUGGAAAGGAUUUACUCCAGACACCCGACAGGCCCUCAUCCCCGUCAUUCACAGGAGGAAAAGAUGAAGAUAUCGUCGUCCGGAUGCCUUGUAAGGAUCCGUCACUGAGAGGGUGUACUCUACGGUGUACUCUAUCAUCACGGUGUUCGGCCUGGCCGGUAAUGGUUUUGCCCUGUUGGUUCUGGUUAAAACAUUCCGUCAGCGUUCUGCGUUCCACAUCUACAUGUUGAACCUGGCCGUGUCCGACCUGCUGUGUGUCUCCACGCUGCCGCUACGGGUCCUCUACUACGUUAAUAAGGGUCAGUGGAACCUGGGAGACUUCCUGUGCAGGGUUUCGUCCUAUGCCCUCUACGUGAACCUCUACUGCAGCGUGUUCUUCAUGACGGCCAUGUCCGUCACGCGCUUCCUCGCCAUCGUGUUCCCCGUGCAGAACCUGCGCCUGGUCUCAGAGCGCCGCGCCCGUCUGGUGUGUGUCUGUAUCUGGGUGUUCAUCUGCACUGUCUCCUCCCCCUUCCUCAUGACUGGUCAGCACCACGACCCAGCCACCAAUAAGACCAAGUGCUUCGAGCCUCCAGAGCGCAGCACAGGGGGCGGGCUUAACAAGCUCAUCAUGCUCAACUACUUCUCAUUGGUCGUGGGCUUCGUGCUUCCUUUCUUGGUCAUCCUGCUGUGCUAUGCUGGGAUUAUCCGGGCCCUGCUGUCACGGCAACACACUGCGCAGCGCCAGAAGGGGGCGGGGUCUAAGGCCAUCAGAAUGAUUGUCAUAGUGAUGCUGGCGUUCCUGCUGUGCUUCAUGCCGUACCACAUCCAGCGCUCCGUCCACCUCAGCUUCCUGUCCCAGACUGCCACUUCCUGUUCGGAGCUGGUGUACAUGCAGAAGAGUGUGGUGGUGACACUCUGUCUGGCUGCCUCCAACACCUGCUUCGACCCCCUGCUCUACUUCUUCUCUGGAGAGGGCUUCAGACGACGCCUGUCAACCUUCAGGUCCACUAGCAGGACACAGAGACAACCAGCUGCAGAGACAGGGGCACAGCCACCGUUAGGGAGGGGAACACGCUUUGAGUGAGUGAGUGAGUGAGUGAGUGAGUGAGUGACGCACACAAGCCUAAGAUCACAAUGCCAAGCUCAUUUUCAUGGUUUGGGCUAGGCCCCUUAGUUCUAGUAAAGGGAAAUCUUAACACUACAGCAUACAAUGACAUUCUAGACCAUUCUGUAGUUCCAACUUUGUGGCAACAGUUUGGGGAAGGCCUUUUCCUUUUUCAGCAUAAUGUCCCUAUGCACAAUGCAUAUGGAGUUGGUCCCCCUUUGCUGCAAUAUUGGCCUCACCUCUUCUGGGAAAUCUUUCCACUAGAACAUUGCUUGCUUGCUUCAAUUCAGCCACGAGCAUUAGUGAGGUUGGGCGCUGAUGUUGGGCGAUUAGGCCUGGCUCGCAGUCGGCAUUCUAAUUCAUCCCAAAGAUGUUCGAUGGGGUUGCGGUCAGGACUCUGUGCAGGCCAGUCAAGUUCUUCCACACUGAUCUCGACAAACCAUUUCUGUAUGGGCCUCGCUUUGUGCACUGGGGCAUUGUCAUGCUGAAACAGGAAAGGGCCUUGCCCCAACUAAGUUGGAAGCACAGAAUUGUCUAGAAUGUAAUUGUAUGCUGUUGCGUUAAGAUUUCCAUCGCUGGAACUAAGUGGCCUAGCCUGAACCAUGAAAAACAACAAAUUAUUCCUCCUCCACCAAACUUUACAGUUGGCACUAUGCAUUGGGGCAGGUAGCGUUCUCCUGGCAUCCGCCAAACCCAGAUUCGUCCAUCGGACUGCCAGAUGGUGAAGCGUGUUUUCUUGCGCCUACCUAGGUAAAAUUCUAGAUGGCGGAUUAAAACAAGGCUAUACCCUCCAGAAAUUGACCAUUGGACUUAAAAAAAUGGCUGAUUGACUAAGUUUGUAGGUGCAACAGUUUUUGUUAAAUUUAUCAUUUCAAAUCGGCCUCACGUGCACAUUUCUGUCCGUUAAGAAACAACGAUGUGCUACCUUUUGGUAGCAUUUCGGACAAUGCUAACAUAUUUUUUUAGCUGAAACUCAGAGUUCUAACACUGGGUCAGUUGCUUGGCAACAACACAGCUGCUUGCACCAUGCUGCCAGUCAUAAGAAGUGUAUGGAACAAACCAAGACUACUGUAUAUAGAUAGCUUUCGAUACCACCAUAUAGCUGAGGUUAAAUCAAUACAUUUAAAGAGAUAUUUUUAUUAGCUAGGUAGCUAAUGCUACCUAGCUAACAUUAGCUUGCUUGUACAAAGUCCAGCAGCUAGCCUCUGUAGCUAGCUAUCACCAGUCAGCUGAAAGCUAACUAGCAAACAAAGAGACAAAUACAUGUAGCUAGCUAGCUAACAUAAUGUUAUACCAGUCAGGUGAGAGCUAACAUUGGGUAGGUAGCUAACCAAUAAGUAAGGAACGCUAGCUAGCUAGCUAUAUUUUGCCAAUAAGAUUUUUCACAUAAUGCUGAAAUCAUCAUGUGUAAACUGCUGAUCUACUUACAUGUAACCAGAGCACAAACAAACUAGCUAAUGUCCUUGGCUGCUAUGAUAGCCAAUUAACUUUAGCUAGCUAAGUAACCUUAGCAAACGUGUAUGGCCACUUCAUGCAUGACAAUAUAUCAUAACUAUUUAGUUAAUGUUAAGUCUAAAACCACCAAACUUUGGGAAACUGCCAUACUCAUCACGUUUAUUUGCAUUGAUCAAGCUACGGUAAUUUACAUUUUAGUCAUUUAGCAGACGCUCUUAUCCAGAGCGACUUACAGUAGUGAAUGCAUACAUUUAAUAAAUAUAUUUUUUUUGUACUGGCCCCCCAUGGGAAUCGAACCCACAACCCUGGCGUUGCACACACCAUGCUGGCGUUGCACACACCAUGCUGGCGUUGCAAACACCAUGCUCUACCAACUGAGCCACAGGGAAGACAUGGACUAACAUUGCAGUUAGCUAUGCUACAUAUCCUCGACUAAGAAGAACCAAGACCACGACACAAACCAUAGCCGAGAAAACGAAUUGAUUUGUUGAGAUACAGUAAGUUAGCGAUGUUGAACCGCAUAUAGUUAAGAACCCCAAACGCACAUAGAAACCGAACCUCAGUUGUGCAUGCUUACCAGACUGACAGUAUUGCUGUUUCAAACAUUGGUCGAAUAAAUACCAGCUCCGGCAUAAACUCCC